AUGAACAGCAAUGUCUGCGUGGAACCGGGGCCGAGCCCGGAGACCCCGGGUCUGCCCAAGGAGAGCCACCUGCCCGAGGGCGCCUUGAACAGCCUUGUGGAUUACAACUCGGAGAUGGAGCGCUACCGCUCGUUCGCCACCUCGUUCUACAAGACCAACGGGGGCGCCUUCCCGCAGGCCGCCAAGAUCGCGCGCAUCACCACCCCGAUCUUCCCGGGCAGCGCCGCCGCCGCCGCGGCCGCCGCGCGCAUCGGCAUGGCCCCCUGGAACUGCGACAACGCGGCCACGGCGGCCGCCGCCACCGCCAUGCUCUGGGGCAGCGGCGGGGGCGGGGGCGGGAGGAAGUCCUCCUCCUCCUCCGCCUCCGCCUCCGCCGCUGCCGCCGCCGCCGCCGCCGCCGCCUCCGCCCUCCUCCCCGCCGGCGGGGGCGCGGGCGCGGGCGGGGGCGCGGGCGGCGGCGGGGGCGGCGGCGGCGGCGGCGGGGGCGCGGGCGGCGCGGGCGGCGCGGGCGGCGGCAGGACCGGCCUCCCCCACCGCACCGACUCCCAGCGGCUGGCCAAGGCCGGCUGCCCGCCCGAGCCGUCGUUGCAAAUGGCCAACACUAAUUUCCUCUCCACCUUGUCCCCCGAGCACUGCAGACCUCUGGCGGGGGAAUGCAUGAACAAGCUCAAGUGCGGCGCGGCGGAAGCGGAGAUCAUGAACCUCCCCGAGCGCGUGGGCACCUUCUCCGCCAUCCCGGCUUUGGGGGGCAUCUCGUUACCUCCGGGGGUCAUCGUCAUGACCGCGCUGCACUCCCCCGCCGCCGCCUCGGCGGCCGUCACGGACAGCGCCUUCCAGAUUGCCAACCUGGCAGACUGCCCGCAGAACCACUCCUCCUCCUCCUCCUCCUCCUCCGGGGGCGCUGGCGGGGCCAACCCCGCCAAGAAGAAGCGGAAACGCUGCGGCGUGUGCGUGCCUUGCAAGAGGCUCAUCAACUGUGGCGUCUGCAGCAGUUGCCGGAACCGCAAAACCGGACACCAGAUCUGCAAAUUUAGGAAAUGUGAAGAGCUAAAGAAAAAACCUGGCACUUCGCUAGAGAGAACACCUGUUCCCAGUGCCGAAGCAUUCCGGUGGUUCUUUUAAAGCAGUAGUGUAUCUUAUUUUCAAGGCAUUUGGAAAUGAAGGGCAAUCUAAUGUCUUGUUUUAAGAAACUGCUUAGUCCAGCAUUGAAGAAAAUAUCCAGAAAUUAUUUUCAUUUUAUGUAUAGGGAUUUCUUCAAAGAACAAAACAGAGGAAAAGAAAAGAGGAAAAAAAACACAUAAAAAUAACAUGGGAGCUUGGGAAAUUGGCUAGUCUAUUUACUUUUCAAUACACUGAUUCUUUCUUUGAUGUAAUUUAGCUCUUCUGGUGAAGUUGUUGUCUAUUUUGAAAGUGGCUGUAAAAAAAAAAGUUUGGGUAAACCCCUGCUGUAAAAUCAUGUAUCUUUGCAAAGUACAUAUCUAUACUUCCUUUUCAAAUGUAAACUGUACAGAUAGCAGCUUGUAUUUUGUGUGUUUAGACACAAGGGGACAAUCAUGUCUGAGCAUCUAUGGAGAUUCACAGUUUGUAUACAACAGUCUGCUUCUGCAAUUUAAAUCUGGAGCAAUAAAUUUUAGCUUUAAACUUUUUUUU